GCCCCUUUUCUGAAGCACCGCAGACGUGUUGCUGCAGCACCGUUGCCCUUCUUCAACGCUUUCCACGCCAUGAGGUGUCGAUCCUGCCGAUCCUGCAGCCGACGCACCGCACGCAGGCUCUGGUCCUGGAUCCCCAAGACUGGUCAGGAGGCGCUGGAGUCUUUGCUGGGCAAAGCCUACUUUGGCUUGAUGUGUGCUCGAUGGGCUGCGCUCUUCUUUUGGGAGGACCGCCAGGAACUACUGGCCGAUGCGAAGUCAGCCAUUUGGCAGGAGCUCUCAGGGCACAAUGCGCCGCCUCCGCCGAAGAGCCGUCGCCAGGUGUCUGAGGAGCUGCAGCCCUUCCGUUGGGCGCUCUAUGUGGCGCUUCUCUACAGCCUUUGGGACAUGAUCUCGAAGGUGACGCGAGGAUUCGCAUGAUGAGGAUUCGCAUCGCUUGAAAAGCGUAUCGCAUGGCUUCGGGAUGAGACCGAGAGGAGAACGAGCUUGUUGGAAGCCCCCGGUACAGUAGCUGCAUGAACUCUAGGAACCAGUGAAUCGAGUCAAAAACGAGC